AUGGCAGGACUUUUCGGCGGCCUCAUGGCGCCCAUCAUGGGCCCCGUCAUCUCUGGCCUCUUUGGUGGCAUCGCAGGCCCACAACCCGCAGAAGCUCCAGCGUCCGCUCCUGCUACUACUCCCGCCCCAGCGCCUCAACCAGACCAAAACGACCAAGGGCAAGCACUAGGAGGGCUCAACCUCGGAGGGCAGAGUUUGAACUUGAACAUUGGUGGUAAAGGGUCGCCGCGCCCCAAGGUGCCUGUGAAGGGAGGGAAGCGGUAG